AUGACGCAGCACUGUUUUCUCGGGUUCGAGCCAAUUUCUCAGGAAUGGCGCCCAAGGAUUCAGCGCCCGGUGACGGUGGAUGAGGAGACGCUCGCGGAGGGCAGCGCGAUGGUGAUCAUGGUGGAAGAGGCGGCACUGUCCGUAAUUCCGACCAUGAUGCCACACGCAACCCCGGCCGUGGCACUCGCGAUUAUCCUAGCGGCGAACGCAGUUUCACGCAAGGUAUUCAAUCGCGCGGUGACCCUGGUGGUAGCGAUCGGCAGCGCGGUGCCAGAGGCGACGACGGUCGUCCUCUCGUUUCUCGCCGAGUGGACAGCGGGGCGGUGGCUCUGGAGGUCUGGCGGACAGCGCGGUGGCAAUGGCGGCGGAAGAGGCGGCCGUAACCGUCAUUCCGACUGUCGUUACGGCCGUGGCUUUAGCCUUGAGCGAAGAAUCACGAUACGUGACCCUCCGGUUGGCGAGCCUCACAUGCCGUCUUUUGAUGGGACCCUUGCAGACAUGCAGUGGCUAGCAUCGCAUACCCCAGCUGGCACCGAUCCGUCGCAGAUUGUCAGCUACAAUGGACCUAGUCCUAUCGACUACUACGGACUUGGUCGGUACUACCCGUCUUACGGCGAUCGACCGGCUCAGAUGUUGCCCAGCAUAGAGGCCCCUGGCGACCGAUCCACUCGUCAGGACCCGGUCCAGACCCAGACUAAGAAGUCGUAG